GGAUGGGUGGCUUUGUGAUUGCCAUUUCCGGCAAUUGAAUUGAACUCAUAAAAAAUGGCAUUCAUGACUACUUUCUCUUCCCAGUCUACUCACUCACAUAGAGUCACUCUCUUCUUCUUCUCCUCCUACCUCCCUCUUGGCUUCGCCUUUGAAGCCUUCGUCUGGGAAUCACCAUCAUCAGUCGCCCACUCCGAUUGUUUCUUCGGCCAUUUCCUCCCCUCUCUCCGGUCAAACGAAGCUAGGAGGGAGACUCUAAUGGCUGCAAGGACUAUAUCCAUUAUUUUUGCUAUGCUUGUCCUGGGCUGCCAUUCUGUUUCUGCUGCCAUUUUCGGAAAUAUCCAUAUUGACGUAGAGAACAGAGUAUUACCAAAAGCUGAUGUCGAACUUCACUGCAAGUCCAAGAAAGACGACUUAGGCAAUCAUGUAAUUCCACCUAGUGGAGCGUACGACUUUACAUUCCAUGACAAUCUGUGGGACACGACCCUCUUCUAUUGCAACGUGCAGUGGAGAAGGUUGGAUGGCAAAUGAGUCAAGGGCGCCUUUAAGAUAUACGAGCCCAAGAGGGAUCUAAGACACUGCAUGCAUCGUUGCAAGUGGCAAAUACAUGCAAAAAGCAUCUUCUCCUUCACCCUUGAUACCAAGCGGUGGAAAAAUCUCUACAAGGACUUCACUAUUGAGGAUAGGGCGAGUUCACCAAAUAAUGCUCCGCCCAGUGCAUACUCUUCAUUCGUUUUUAUUACUCUCGUGGUGCACUCUUUGUUCAUUGUAUAAACCAUGAUUACAAGGUUGAGAGAUCCAAGCAAAUUACAAUUAGAAAACUGGGAAAAGUAAAAUUAUUGUUUUUAACUUUUAAAUACCUGCCAAGUUCCCAUGUUAAGCUUCCUAUCUGUAAUUGGAACCCUGCAUAAGAACCAUGAACAUGUAAAUGUCAAGGAGGCCACAAAUUCCUCAUGCAAUUGAGCAAGUUUCUGCCAAAGACUUCUAGAGCUGUAAAUUUGAGUUUGGUAAGGUAUGACAUAUCGGUGUAACAAAGAGAA